GGCAGCUGGGGAGCAGGAACCUGAAGGCACAGGAAGAGGCCGCGCCAUGCCCUCCUCUGCUGCAGCCAGGAUGGGGCUGAGGGUGGCUCAGACAGGUUUUGUGGUCCUGGUGCUGCUCCAGAGCUGUGCUGCAUACAAGCUGAUCUGCUACUACACCAGCUGGUCCCAGUACCGGGAGGGUGAUGGGAGCUGCUUCCCAGACGCCAUCGACCCCUUCCUGUGCACCCAUGUCAUCUACAGCUUUGCCAACAUAAGCAACAAUGAGAUCGACACCUGGGAGUGGAAUGACGUGACGCUCUAUGACACAUUGAACACGCUCAAGAACAGGAACCCCAAGCUGAAGACCCUCCUAUCUGUUGGAGGAUGGAACUUUGGUUCUCAAAGAUUUUCCAAGAUAGCUUCCAAGACGCAGAGUCGCAGGACUUUCAUCAAGUCGGUGCCACCAUUUCUGCGGACCCAUGGCUUUGAUGGACUGGACCUAGCAUGGCUCUACCCCGGGUGGAGAGACAAGCGGCAUCUCACCACUCUGGUCAAGGAAAUGAAGGCUGAGUUUGUAAGGGAAGCCCAAGCAGGCACAGAGCAGCUCCUGCUCAGCGCAGCAGUGCCUGCAGGGAAGAUUGCUAUUGACAGAGGCUAUGACAUCGCCCAGAUAUCCCGACACCUGGACUUCAUCAGCCUUUUGACCUAUGACUUUCAUGGAGCCUGGCGCCAGACAGUAGGACAUCACAGCCCCCUGUUUCGAGGCCAGGAAGAUGCAAGUUCUGACAGAUUCAGUAAUGCUGACUAUGCUGUGAGCUACAUGCUGAGGCUGGGGGCUCCAGCCAAUAAGCUGGUGAUGGGUAUCCCCACUUUUGGGAAGAGCUACACUCUGGCCUCUUCCAAGACAGAUGUGGGAGCCCCCAUCUCAGGGCCGGGAAUACCAGGCCAGUUCACCAAGGAGAAAGGGAUCCUUGCCUAUUAUGAGAUCUGUGACUUCCUCCACGGAGCCACCACCCAUAGAUUCCGUGACCAGCAGGUCCCCUAUGCCACCAAGGGCAACCAGUGGGUGGCAUAUGAUGACCAGGAGAGCGUCAAAAACAAGGCACGGUACCUGAAGAACAGGCAGCUGGCUGGCGCCAUGGUGUGGGCCCUGGACUUGGAUGACUUCCGGGGCACCUUCUGUGGGCAGAACCUGGCCUUUCCUCUCACGAAUGCCAUCAAGGAUGUGCUUGCUGGGGUGUAGCCUUCUGCCCUUGGGCUCACAGUGGGGCAGAGAUGCCUCUCACACUUGGCUCUGACUGACCAGAAGCCUGAUCUCCUGCCCUGCUGGGGCCCCACUGAGCCUCAGCCUGCCUUCCUUGGGCCCAUGUGAGGGCCAAGGCUCCGCAGUCUGAGCUCAGCUCUGGUUGAGGGGCAGGCUGGGGUGGGGCUGUGGGGCCAGCACAGCGCACAGCGCACAGCACAGGGUCAGCACAAAUCUGCUGACGAACAAGAAUGCUCAGCAGCGCCAAGCCCGACACCAGGAGAUUUCUUCCCCUUGCUUACUCCUGGGCCUGACGCCUAAGGACGCCAUUUUGGCAAGCUCGGCUGCCACACAGCCUUAUAAGAAGCAGCAACCACAGUAAUUACACCAUCUGCAAGGCCUGGCUUGAAACCUUUUCCCGGGAACAUAACUGUACCUCCAUCCCACUUCCCCCUGCUGGUUCUGGACCUGCUCAAUAAAGCACCACGGUUCACCC